AUGGCUGUGGCCUUGUCAGCACAACCAACGCCUCGGUCGGCAGCAGUAGCAGCAACAGCAGCAGCAGCAGCAGCAGCAGCAGCAGCGAAGUCUUCUCCUUCUCUGCAUGCGCUGCUGCCUCCGUCUCCAGCAGCAACAGCAUAUGCGCAUUCAGAUACAUCGACACAACCAGAGAGACCGUCUCUGCUGUAUCCAAGUCCUUUGCUGCUGCCUCUUACCCCUAAUACUCAUAAAGGGGGCUUAUGCUCUGCAGUGCCCUCCCCGAAGCAGCAGCAGCAGCUGCUGCAGCUGCAGCAGCAGCAACAGCAGCUCUCAAGGGCCCCAAAUGAGGCAAUGAAGGCAAUAGAAGACCCUCAACAGCAGCAGCAGCUGUUUAUAACAGGAGAUGCAGACAGUCGGGAUAGUACAGCAGCAGCAGCAGCAGCAGCAGUUGCUGCUGCGGCAGCAGCAGGAAGGGUACUUGCAAAGCCUUCCUCUACUACGCGCCUUCUGCAGACGCCUAAUCUGCUGCCUGGGUCAGCUGCUGCUGCGGUAGCAGCAGCAGCAGACAAACCCGUGUGGCCGCUAAGCAGCAGCAGCAGCAUCACAACGCAUGCAAGUUGCAGCAGCUUAGCCACCUUAGGCAGCAGCAGCAGCAGCAGCGGGAGCCGCCCAGCCCCGGCAUCUGUAAGCAGCAUUGUUUCUCUUUCUGCUGUUGAGCCUCUCCUGCAGCAGCAGCAGCAGCUGCUGCAGCAGCAAUUCGAGAUUCUCCAGCAGCGCCAGGAGCUGCAGCAACGCCAGAAGCAGCAGCAGCAACAGCAGCAGCAACAGCAACAACGAAUCCAUGAGGUCGUCACGCAGCAGCGCAGCUUUGGGGAGACACGAGUGUCCCCUAGGCAGCGGCUGCAGCAGCAGCAGCAGCAGCAACUGAUGCUGCUGCAGCAACAGCAGCAGAAACAGCACCAAAAGCAACUGGCAGAGCAUGCAGCAGCAGAUGCUCCCUGCUGCAACCCUGGUGCUGCAGCGCAGCAAACGCAGAGGCCCCCAUGGAUCCGAAGACCCGGGCAGCAGCAGCAACAGCAGCAGCAACAACAACAACAGCAGCAGCAGCAGCAGCAACAGCAACAGCAGCAGCAACAGCAGCAGCUGCAGGAGCACCAGCAGAGCGCGCAGGCUCCAGCAGCACAGCAGCACAAACAGCAGCAGCAGCAAGCUACCUUCCUAUGGGGCCCCGUGCUGCAGCAGCGCCGCUGCCAGCCAUGGAUUGACCAUCGCAUGCAAGCAGCAGGACUGCUGCAGAACGGCAGCACUUUCAUGUCUCAGCAGCAGCAGCAGCAGCAACAGCAGCAGCAGCAACACGUGGAGCAAACCACACCGAGCUCUCCUCUUCUGCUGCAGCCGCAGCAGCAGCAGCCGUUGGUGCUGCAGCAGCAACGUGCUGCUCCCCUCUCGGUUCAAUUGAAUGGACCCGGGUCUUGCUGCACUCGUUCGCAUGCUGCGCCAUGCGAGCAGCAGCAACAGCAGCAGCAGCAGCAGCAGCAGCCAAGAGCAUUACUCUGUCAAGAAGAACCCUGCAGCAUACGGGGAGCGCUAAGCCCGCAACUGGGGCAUUGCUGUUUGCUGCAGCAGCAGCAACAACAACCCUUUCAACACGAAGACUGCCUGUACACUCCAACCCCGCAACUGCAGCAGCAGCAGCAGCAGCAGCAAGCGGUGUGCAGCGGGUGCUGCAUUAACAACCACUCGGAGCAGCAGCCGUUCGCGUUGAUGAAUUGGCCUUCACAGUCUUGCUGCUUUGCUGCAGACCAAGGAGCAGCAGCAGCAGCAGCUGCUGCUGCAGAAGCUGCCUAUACACCUCAGGAGCCAAGCUCUUGCCCUUGCUGCUCCCAUUCUGCUGCAGCAGGAGCAGCGCAGCAGCAGCAGCUGGUCUUGCUGCAGUAUAAAGACAUGCUGAGGCAGCAACGUCGAAUCAUUAUAGAACAGCAAGAAAAAAUAAUGCUACAGCAGCAGCAGGACUGGCUGCUGCAGCAGCGGCUGGCUUUGCUGGAGCAGCAACAGCAGCAGCAGCAGCAGCAGCAGCAGGUUCAAAGGACUGCUUGCGGAUAUGGCUUCUUUGACAACGUAAAUGAGGGUUAUGCUUGUGGUUGUUUCUUCAGAAAAAAUGCCUGCAGCAGCAACUGCUGCAGCGGCAGCAGCUGCUGCAGCAGCAGCAGCAGAGUCCCGGCGUGCUGCUGUAAUGAGGAGGCCUACCCUGUAGCUAUUGAUGCGCUGCAGCAAACUGCAGCGUAUGGCUGCAGCUGCAAAAGCAACAUUGAGGAGCAAAGUCGUGCAGCAACAGCAGCGGAUUCCGAAUCAGCUGCUGCUGCUGCUUCAGCAGCAGCUGCUGCUCAGCACAACUUUGCUGCUCCGCUCCCCUCCCCCACUGCUCCAGACACAAGCGCAGCAGCAGCAGCAGCUCCUGCUGCUGCAACGGGGACAUCCUUAGCAGCAGAAUCGCCAAAGGAGCUGCGUAUGGAGAAGGCGAGCAGGAGGCAACAGCCGUGCAGCAGCAGCAACUGCAGCAGCGACAGCAGCAGCAGCAGCAGCACGAGCAGCGAAGAAAGCAAUCUUUGCUGCUGCAAAGAAAAACCUUGUGCUUGCCGAGAAGAGCUCUGGCUUUCAAGAGCUCUCGGUUGGGGUGUAGCAGGAACAAGGAGGUGGCGGAGGCGGCUGCGUGGCUGCAGCAGCAGCAGCAGCAGCAGCAGCAGCGGCAGCAGCAGCAGCGGCAGCAGCGGUGACAGCUGCCGCAGUAGCAGCAGCUCCAUCAAAAGAGAAACCUCCCCGUACGCUCCAGACGCUCUUCCGUCUGCAGCAAACCAGGGGAGCAACAGCAGCAACACCAACAACAACAACAGCAACAGCAGCAACAGCAACAGCAACAGCACCCGCCGUAGGAAGGGCCUUCGCCGCAGCAAAGGCCGGGGCAGCAGCAAAGAGACCCCACAACCAAACAGUGUACAUAUACCACCCUCAGUGCUGCGGUGUCUCAAUACUCGUCUGAAAGUGCGGCAGCAGGCUCUCGUGCGCUGUCUCCAGAUGCGGGCAACCUUCUUAGAAGCAGCAGAUAGAGCCCUGCAGCAGCAGCAGCAGCAGCAGCAGCAGAAGCAGCAGAAGCAGCAGCAAAACGGAUGGAACCGCAACAGCAGUAGCAGCAGCAGCAGCAGCAAAGGGAUCACAAAGGCAAUCGAUGUUCAGGCCUGGCUGCUGAGGGCACAGCUCUGCUGCCAGCAAGAAGAAGCAGCACUUAAAGAUAUGCUGGCUAAGCAGCAAAGGCGCCGCCGUCGCUAG